UUUAACGAACUCUUUGUAAAAAGCAGGUAAAAAUAUAAACAAAAGGCAGAACCGUGCAUAGAAAACGCAAAAAUCCUCCAUUUGUCUCAAUUAUCUAUAUUAUCGCAUUGAAGAGAAAUACGUUGCUAGGUGUGAAUUUAUAUUGUUCACAUGAAAUAUGGCAUCCACACGUGCGUUCAACAUAUUGGAGCAGCGUAACAGCAACGAAAACCAACGAGUGGGCAAAUCACAAUUAACUGGCAAGAAUGAAGCCCGUGCUCCGUUCAAACUGGCUCUCAAGGAUCUCACCAACAGCACUACCUCGCGAUCGAAUUUCGCCGGUAAACAGCUUCAGGACACAAUUAUAAAGAAGCCCCUCCAGCAAAAAUCUGCCGCUUCUUCAUUUCUUCAGAAGAAAUCUACAGAAAGCAUCACACAAGGGGGUACCAAGAGACAAAAUCCUUUCACCAUUUUCACCCCCCAGGAAGCCGAGUACAGCUGGGGUAAAGAAACCUGCCUCCGGGAAGAUUUGCUCGAACAGCUGAUAGAAUUCAACGGCGUUGUCUACAAGCGAGACAGAAAACCAAUGAAACCACUCAAAAUGGAUCCCCCGGAGCUGCCAGAGAUUACACUUCCGAAGGCAAGCCCCAAAGCUACUCCGACGGUUCCUAAGGAUCUACCGAACAGCUUCCUGUUCAACCUGACCGAAGUGGAAAUACCCGAUUUGGAUUUCAUGUUCUGAAGCGCUUCGGAAUCUGUAUUUUUUACUGCUGUUAUUCACUCUCAUCUUAAGCAUUUAAUUAUAUUUCAUCAAUUUUGGGACGAAGCUGAAAUUUGUAGAUUUGUUUUAUGAUAGAAUUAAAAUAAAUAAUUCGUUUAUAA